CGUCGCGUUUUCGACCAUUUGUCACGACCUGGGGGUUGCUUCAGUGCGGGCUUUGGGGGCGACAAAGACGGGUGUGCCUCCCGUUACAUGUUUCUAACAUUUGCUAUCAAAUUUCAAUAAUAAUUCGCUCUCUUAACUCACAAUAAUUAUUCUACAAACGAAACCUAGUGUCUUUUCAAAAGUUUUAAGUGUCUAGUGUCCGACCAUCGGUAAAGAAGUAUCACACCUGUCAUUGAAAACAAAUUAGGGGUUUUUUUUAUGUUCAUUUCAACAUUAUACUUGGCCUAAAAAUUUCGGUUUUUAUCGAGUGCUAACCCGUCACUUAUCGUCUCCCCCACUCGCUCGAGUACGCAUAAUGGAGUGCCCCGAAUUGUUGGAACGGGGUCGUAAUUUUCGUCUACUUUCUCAAGAAGAGUUACCACAGCUCUUAGAUUUUCUUACUGGUUACUUACCACAAUCACUAAAGUUUCAUCAAACUGUUUUGACAUUUAUUCAAAACAAAGUGUGGGAUUUUUAUUUUUAUGUUGCUAACGAAUGGCCAGAAGUACCGAUUUGCCUUCAUUUCCCUGGUAUGACUCUGUCGCCUCAUGGUUUAUUGUAUGAAAGUUUUGGAGUAUUUUGUCCAACAGAAAAUUUAGAUAAACUUUAUUUAUUACGUGAAGAAGAUGUAUUAAUAAAUUGGAAUAGACCAUUAUACAUGAAUUUUAUUCAUUGUGAUAUAGCUGAGGAAUUAUUCCGUCUCUAUAACGAUACUGGUUCCAUAGACACCGUAUUAGGAGAUGUAUGGGCAUAUGAAAAGGCCGAAAAUAAUUUAUCGGAUGAUCAAAUAUCAUUAAGUGCUGAUGAAAAUGUUGAAGUAUUGCCAUUAACUGCUGAACAUGCUGAAGGAAUACAUGAAUUAUAUCCAGCUAAUGACAUGGAAUGUCAUGAACUAUUUUUAAGACUAAUUAAAAUAUUUCCAGCUGCUGGUGUAUUUGUUAAUGGAAAUUUAGCAGCAUGGAUGAUACAGUCUUAUUACGGUGCUAUGUUUUCAAUGCAAACUAAACCAGAGUAUCGAAGAAAAGGUUAUGGAACUCGAUUAGCAAGGUAUCUAACAAAAGUCGUUGCCGAUCGAGGAUUUAUACCGUUUGUUGUAAUUCGACCAGAAAAUGAAGCAAGUAAAAGUUUAUAUACGAAAUUAGGAUUUAAAAAAUUAUAUCAAACUGUUCGAGCUACCUUUACACCGCACAGAUAUCAUAGUGAAGAACAAGAAAUAAUCGAAAGAGAUAAUGAUGAUGCAUUAAUUAUGCAAGAAAAUUUUGCAAAUGCUGUAAAACAAUUAAAAAUUGAACAACGAGUUAUUGAUGUUUUACAACAUCCAGGUCAAGAUGAUGAACCAACGGUUAUUCCAGACGGUGGUGACGAUGAUGAUGGUGAAGACACUAUAUUGGAUCCAUUGAAUGAAGAUGACAAUGACAAUGAUGUACAAGAUUAUUUAGAAACAAUAGAGGAACAAGAUUGCGUUACUGAACCUCAAAAUAGUAGUGAAGAUGGUGGAGGAACAACAACAACUGGAGAUGAUUGAAAAAUAUAUUUUUCUUACGCUUCUAGAUAAUUUUCAAGUAUUAUAAUUAUCCGUAUUACAAUUAUUAUAAUUAUUACAUAUUAUCGCUCAAAAGAGCUUAUUUCAAUUGUCUGCUUCAAUAAUGGUUCGAUGAUACGUCCUGCUAUAAUAAAUCCCAAGGUAAAUAAGUUUUCUAUGUUAACAAUCGUGCAGACAACACAGUCACUAUUUAUUUUAUUGACUGUUUAUUAAUAUAAUUAAUCAUUUUUUGAUAAUUACGUUUCUUUUUUAACAUUUAUUUUCUUUUUUAGAGAUUAUAUUUAUACAAUUUUACUGUAGGA